AUGACACAGGCAGUACUCUCCGGGCUCCAGGGCAGACCUAUUAAUGUCCACACCGGACUAUUCAUAAACAACCAAUUCGUCCCCGCAACGAACAACCACAUCCUCGAGACCACAAAUCCAGCCAACUCCCGAAAACUAACCGACAUCUCAGCUGCCCAGAAAGAAGAUGUCGACCGGGCAGUUGAGGCAUCCGAAGCCGCAUUCCGAGAGUGGAAGACAACACCUCCCCAGACACGCGUGCGACUUCUUUCCAAACUAGCCGACCUUAUCGAACGGGAUUCCAUCGAGCUAGCUUCGUUGGAGGCAAUCGAUGCUGGCAUUCUUUAUGGGGAGUCGUUGCAUCUCAGCGUCCCGCAGGCGGUGGAUACGCUGCGAUACUUCGCGGGAUGGGCGGAUAAGGGCGCUGGGCAGUCUCUGCCUAUCCCAAAUGGACUGGCGUAUACGCAGCAUGAGCCUCUUGGGGUGUGCGCGGCUAUUGUCCCGUGGAAUGCACCACUCAUGAUAACAAUCUGGAAACUCGCCCCAGCCAUCGCAACCGGCAACGUCCUCAUAAUCAAAACCCCCGAACUAACACCACUUUACGGCCAAAAACUCGCCGCCCUAAUCCUUGAGGCCCGCUUCCCACCCGGCGUCAUAAACAUCCUCUGUGGCGAAGGUAAAGUUGCAGGCCAAGCGAUUGCAGAGCACCCCAAAAUUCGCAAAGUCGCAUUUACCGGAAGCACUCUAGUCGGUCGACAGAUUCUGCGCGCAGCUGCAGAGACCAAUCUCAAGCGGGUAACACUGGAACUAGGUGGGAAGGGUCCUUCCAUCGUCUUUCCUGAUGCAGAUUUGGAGAAUGCGCUAUUUUGGACUACAUUGGGGAUUACGGCGAACAAUGGACAGAUUUGUGCGGCGGGAUCGCGGAUCUAUGUUCAUGCUUCAAUUUAUGAGCGGUUUCUUGAGGAGUUCAAGGGUAGAGUGGCUAAGGCUGUUCAUGGGGAUCCUUUGUUCGCGACAACUAGCAAGGGUCCUUUGGCCAGUGCAGGGCAACAUCAGAAGGUGUUGGGCUACAUCAACAGAGCCAAAGAAGUUGGCUCAAGAUUGCUGUGUGGUGGAGAGGAUCUGAAUGGUAACUUCAUCUCGAAUACCGCGUUCGCAGACGUCAAAGAGGACGACACCAUUAUGAAGGAGGAGAUAUUCGGACCCGUGGCAGCCAUUGCGAGAUUUGAAACGGAGGCUGAAGUGAUCGCGAAAGCGAACAAUUCAGAAUACGGCCUCAGCGCUGCAAUCUUCACCGAUAACGUCAGUCGUGCGCAUCGAGUCGCGGCCGCAAUUGAGACGGGCCAAGUCACUGUGAACUGCUGGGGUAAUCUUCAUUCGAACACGCCAUUCGGAGGCAUGAAGCAAUCCGGGUUUGGUCGUGAUUUGGGAAAGGAGGCGUUGGAUGGGUGGACGAGCACUAAGACGGUUAAGGUCCAUUUGUUGUCGACUGGUGCUAAGCUUUGA